AUGAAUCUUUUUUAUUUGGAUUUAGUUGCAGCUACAAGUGCAAGAUAUCAUAAUGAUAAACAUGUUGUAAAAUUAAUUUUAGAAGCAACUCAACUAUUGUAUAGUACAUGGCAUUUAAUGGAACCAUCUUCGGAUUGGAAAUUAAAAGCACCAAAUCCAAUGAAACUAACACAUACCAAUCACCCACUAACCAAAUGGGUGAGAACCAAUAACAAGACCUACGAUAUUGUCUCUGACUAUUGUCAUAGUUUAUUACAAGAAUACACCACAAGAUAUGGCAAGAUUCAUUCAUGUAAAACCCACAUGGACUUUUUAACCAACAACUAUCCAUCUCAAUUACCAACCUCAAUGGCUCAAGCACCAAUUAUGCCACUUUGUAUGCCAGAUAUUUAUAAAGUUACUCCAACCAAUAGUUGGUCCGAUGUUGUUUCCUCAUAUAGAAAUUAUUAUAUUGGUGAAAAAUUACAUUUCUCCAGUUAUAAAGGUGUUGAAUGGCCAAGUUGGUUACCUCCAAAAUCUCAAGCAGGGACUCCAACCAUUGUAAAAAAGAAAAAAGCACCAAAAGCCUCAAAACAAACCACCACCACAACAACUACCACUACCAAAACCUCUACAGCAACCUCUUCAAAAAAAGUAAAAAAAACUAAAUCAAUUUCAUCUCCAUCCUCAUCUCCUCCUCCACCAACAACAACUCAACCUUCACCAUUCAUCCCCGCAGUUUCCACAAUUAAAACUAGAUCUCAAAGUAAUAGGAAAAUAAAUUAA